GGUGCCAUAGGGAACCCUCUGGAGGAGCUUUAGCCCCCCCCAGCUCGCGUCCAGCCCAGGGGCGGGGUUUAACCCGGGGGCGGGGCCUGGGGGGACUGAAAACCCCCCGGUCCCCUCCGUCCCCUGCACACCUGGGACCCCCCGGGACCCCAAUGGCACCUCCACCGCCCCCCGCCCAUCUCAGCCUGGCCCGGGGGGUCCAGCCCCCCCUGUACCAGGACGCCGUCGCCCGCCGGGCCCUGCGGCCGCCCCUGCUCAGGAGCGUCUCGGUGCCGGCCGAGCCCCCCGCGCCCCCCCCCAUGGAUGUCACCUACGCCGUGGUCAACAAGGCGCGCCGGGGGGGCGGGGCCGCGGGACGAGACCCCGCCCCCUUCGGGCGAGACCCCGCCCCCUCGGGCACGUGCUCCCUCCCGGGGAGCCCCGUGCACCGCCCCUCCCCCACCCCGGCAGGCUCCCCCCGACCCGCUGACGGCACCUACGAGGUCGUGACCCCCCCCGGGGACCCCGGGAACGGCCCCUGCCUGGGGUUUAACUUCCGCAUCGGGAAGCCCAAAGGCCCCCGGGACCCCCCGGCCGAGUGGUCCCGGGUGUGAAGGGGGGACGGACCCCUGGGCCCCUCCCGCCGGGGAG